UGGAUUCUUGCAGUUUAAGAGUUGCUCCAAUGGAUGUUUUUUGCACUUAUUGAAUCUUUACUUAUGGGAAUUUUUUUUGCUUUACAUUCCGAACUAAUAAUGACUGAGUCAUGUGAUUGACAAACCAGUCUAAAAAAGAAUUUUUUGGGUUGACAAGUUUGUGACUUGAGUCCCCUUAAGAAAAGCAUGCUCAGAUAGUAGCUGGAACCGAUACCAUUUCCUUUCAGUAAGACUGUGGACAACGUGGCCACUUGAAAUCUGAAAAUGAGUGCACCAUUAGUUCCCAACAAGUCAUGUUACAAUCUAUUACAGACUAACAGAAAUGAGAUGAAAAAUAACAAUGAACACAUGGUGUCUGUAGGAGACUCAAAUGCCAAUCAAAUCACAUCAGACGUCAGAACCCCUGGAGCAGCAAUAAGGACAAGAAAUAUUUCAGGAGAAUCUGCUUGCUUACAUACCAGUAAGCAAGAAACCAACAGACAACUAGACUCUGAGAGGAACAAUCUUCAGGGCAUCACUGGUGAAUCAGAGUUUAUAGUGUCUUCUACCAUCAGCAAGAAAUUGCAUGCAGAUUGUAGGCCGGAAGGGCGUAAGGACACCUCAAAGCUAGUCACCAUUAGCCGAGGACACAGUUUGUCCAAUCUGAGGAUCAACACAAGUGAUAACUUUUCAGUGGUACUUUCAAAAAGCGAUGCUGACCUUAUUCAGCAUGUUUCAAAGGAAAAAACACUUAGAAGUAUUGAACCAGAAGGAAUAAAACGCCUUUCUUUGGGGAGGUCAAGAAAACUUAUGGCUAAAACAGAAAAAGAAUUUGUUGGCCGUGUAUCAGGUAAACGCUUGCUUUCUGUAUCCUUGGAUUCCAUCAACACAUCACAUCAUUUGAGUGGAGACAUAGAAAAAUCUCAGAAAACUUCACGAGACCAUUUUUUAGGUAUGGUAUUCCAUCCAACUGAUGGUGUGUCAGAAAGAAACAUUGUACCUUAUCCUAAAUAUUUGUCUACCUCAGAAAUGGAAAGAGCAAGCGCCCCAGUUGUACAAUCAGGUGUGGAUGAUGUACCAAAUGCCAACAAACAAGGCCCUCCACAUCAUUCUGUUCUUGACCUCCAUUUAACUGUUAAAUCCAAUGAACUUCGGAAACCAGAAGCACAAAUUGACCAUCAAAGCGGUAAGAGAGGAAAAGGGGAGGUGAAGUGUCCUCUGUCUUCACAGUCGAAGCGCGUGGGUGAGCAAAAAAUAAACAAGGCUAUGUUGUUUGAAUUUCUUGGGUGUCCAGCAGAAGAAAAUAACGUUGUGGUACAGGAUCAAAAGGAUAAGGGGACAGAAAUACACAAGACCAAAUUACAUCCAUUGCCAAAAGAGGAUCUGUUUUUAAAUGAAGGAUUUGACUCGGUUAACGGAAGUCUGAUAAGGGAGAAUGGCUCUCCAGAUUUAAGAAAAGUAAACAACAGCAAAGCAGCAAGCAAAGCAAAUGAGGAAUAUACAGCUGUAAAAGAGGUAGAUUCUAUUUCAGCUCCUGAUGAUGAUACGAUACGUAAAUUGACAUCAACAAGGAAUGAAAACCUACACAUUGGUAGCACAAGUUGUAUACCAGCAGUUAAUGGGCAUAUGUCUUUUAUGGAUAGUGUUAAUGUGACGGACAGCAAACAUCUGAAUAACUAUGAAACUAAACAGAUUCUACUCAAAGGACCCAGUGAAGAUGUUAUAAUUGUCCAAUCUGAUCCGGAAGCUCCCAAACCACAAAAUACAGAAAAUAUCUUGGUAAAUUUUAGCCUUGUGGGCAGUGAUUUAGAAACCACAAAUUUUUCAGUUCAGAGCAAGAAGAUAGUUAACGAAAAGAAAGAUCAUUCAAACAAUGCACCGGAAAGCUGCAAAAUAAUAGCACAAAGUCCCCCAGCUCCUUUGCGCCCUUCUGCAACUGGGAAUGCCAGUGGCCACAGCACAGUCUCCAACAGCAGUUUGAAGGAACUUUAUGCUCUUCAUGUUGACAAGCUGCCAUCUUCUGCAACCCUACCUCCCAGCGAGAGCACCCAGUUAUUUAGCUUAUCUCCUAAAGUGCCUAAAACUACAUGUAACAGUGGGAUCCCUAAGCCUAUCCUUAUAAAUCCCAAGGGGCCCCUACCAGCCAAUUACAAUGGUGAGAACGAGGAUAUGGAGAAGCCUGAAGACAAGGUUGAAACUCCGGCCAUUCCCAAGCCCAAACAUGUGAGACCUAAAAUAAUAACUUACAUUAGAAGGAAUCCUCAGGCAGUCAGCCAGCUUGAUCAGUCUGGAUUGUCUUGUGUGCCCCCUGCUUGUGGGUUGGCACCUGAACAGAAAAUGUUAAAUGAUGGAGACAUUAAACCAGGCAAUAUUUUCUACGAAAAAUUUAAAACUGACUUUCAGAAGCCUCAGAUUUAUAGUUCUGGAUUUGUAGUAUCUGGCAUUAAAUCCUCAGACCAUCAGUUUGGUCCAAUGGGUGAAAAGUUUUUCCAGGAGGUUGGAGAAAGGCCGGUGAAAGACAAUUUUUGUCCUCCGCCAUAUGCUCACUAUGAGGUGCCUCCAAGCUUUUAUCGCUCAACGAUGAUCCUUAAACCCCAGUUAGGACUUGGUGCUGUUUCCAGGUUGCCAUCUGUGAAGAGCAGGAUUUUGAUUUCCAGUCAAAGGUCUUCAGCAGGCUGCAUCCAUCCUCAAGCACCAAUACCCAGUUCAACGCUAUUCCAUCCUGACACUUCAGUUGAUCUUAAAAAUGGUCCAAGUUCAAAUGCUGCAAAAUCGAAUCUUCCAAAGCCAUGUCAGUCCGGACUUCGCCCUCCUGGUUAUUCACGGUUGCCGCCAGCUAAACUCGCCACAUUUGGUUUUGUCAGGAGCUCCAGUGUCUCCUCAAUCUCAAGCAAAUCAAGUGACAGAGUCCAGAGCAAUCAAAGCAAGACAGCCAAUCGUUCAAGCCUUGGAAAUGAAGAGCAAAUCAUUCUCAAGGCAGCUGAACCAUCUAAAGAAGCACUUAAGGGGGCCAACAGAACUUCACUGCAGGCGUCAAAUAGCACACUGAUUGCCCGCAGGAGUCUACUUCCGGCACCAAAGACAGGAACAGCACCGGCUGGGCCAAAAAAAGAAGGACAGAAAGAUCAGGAAAGCAGCAGGCCUGCCAUCUCAUCCCCCAAGAGACUGGUAGUAGCAGCCACCAAGCUCAAUUCACCAGGACAUCCUAAACAAAAGCCUUCCGUCCCAAGAAAUGGAUUUUCUGCGAAGCCAGAUUUGCAGACUCGAGAGCCAGAACGGCAGUUCAUCCAGCAGAUGAAGGAUAGGUGUGAUGAACUAGUCAGAAAAUUCAAUUGUGUUCAAGAAGAACUCAAGAGGACAAGAUGUGGCUUUGAUGUCUUUGUUAUAACGACACAGUUUUUCUUUCAGAAGAAUGAAAGUGCCUUUGUGAAAGAAAAGGAGAUCUCAGCUGAGCUUGCAAAUGUCAAGGAUGAAGUUGCCCUCAAUACAGGGAAAUACGAGACACUACAAAAAGAGAAGGAGGAGAUGGAAAAGAAGUUUGAAGGAACUGUGCAGAAACUCACUUGGCAGCAACAGGAGGAGCUCCUGGCCCUUGAAGAACGUUUGCAGUUACAGUACAACGCUGAACUAGCACAUGUGCAUGAGAACCAUCAGGUCAACCUUGAGAGACUCAAGAGUCAGCAUCAGGAACAGGUGGAUGACAUUGCAGCAACUCAGGAAAUGGCAGUAUUAGAGAUGGAAAAUAGCCACGCGAUUGCCAUUGCAGAACUUCAGGAAGAAUAUGAGCACAAAAUUCAAGAAAUGAAGUCUGCUCAUGAGCAAGAAAAAAGAGAACUUGAAGAAAGUUUUGAAAAGUUGCGCUUGUCACUCCAGGACCAGGUAGAUACUCUCACUUUCCAAAGCCACUCUCUAAAGGACAAGGCCAAGCGAUUUGAAGAGGCAUUGAAGAAAAACACUGAAGAACAACUAGAGGUUGCCCUGGCUCCGUAUCAGCAUUUAGAAGAAGAUAUGAAGAGCCUAAAGCAGAUUCUGGAGAUGAAGAACGGACUCAUUCAUCAACAAGAAAAGAGGAUCAUGGAGCUAGAAAGGCUGGCAGAAAAGAACUUAAUUCUAGAAGAAAAAAUUCAAGUACUGCAACAACAAAAUGAAGACUUCAAAGCGAGGAUUCAUCACAACACUGUGGUUACAAGACAGUUAUCUGAAGAAAAUGCUAACCUCCAAGAACAUGUGGAGAAGGAAAGCAAGGAAAAAAAGAGGCUGAGCAGGACAAAUGAAGAGUUGAUGUGGAAACUGCAGACCACAGAAUCCAUGAGUCCUGUUAAACUAUCUCCCACUUCUCCAACGCGCAUUUAUCGCUCUUCAUCAGGACCCCCAACUCCAGCUAAAGUCAGUACAGUACCAAGAUGACAGACCAAUGCAGCUACUUAAAUGGACUUGGCCCAGAAUAUGGAAAAUUGCAGUCCAAGCGAGUUGUUAUGAACGGCAGUGAAAGAUUUGUUGCUUUUCCCACAUGUUCUCUAGUUCCUUAUGUUUAGGCAAUGUACUUUUGUCAUUUUAGCAUCAGCAACUCAAAGCUAGCAUAUGAGAUCAAAAAAUAGCAAUGUAGUCUGAUGCAUGGAAACAUCUUUUGGGAUUAGAGGCAAAAGCAACUGGAAAACUGUUACUUAUCAUUCACUCUGAAUGAUUUCUUUUUUCCACAAUAAUAUUUCAGGUUAGUUGCCAAUAGCUCUGCUUACAUCUACAGCUUUGGUGAGGUACGGAUUGUACUGAAAUCCAGGCACAAAAUGUACUCAACACCCAGAAAGCCUACAUAUACAGCUCUGCAUGUAUAACUAAAGGUGUUCUGAAUUGCAAUUUUUUUCAUGAACUAAAAUUGUGCAAAAAGUGCUGAUAUUUUCAAGACAGCAAUUUUCUAAAAUGUGCCUAAAAAUUAUUCUGAAAGGAAUUGCUUUUGGGGGGGGGAGGGUUGGUUGGGGUCAAAGCUUCCCAGGAACAUUUCUACCCAGACUAGAAAAAAGUUAGAAAAAAGGAGAAGCAUCUUCUAAGUGACCACCGAGUGGUACAUUUUCUAAAGCAGACCACCAGCGACUUUUGAAUUCUUAAGUAGUUACUGACUUCAAAAAUGAUAAUUGGUUUUCUACGCAAUGCCAACCAUGGUCACUCAUCUUCCAGGCUCAGUAUUAGAUCUUGCAAUUGUAGUCAGUCAGUUACUUUCUUUAUUUAGCUCAAAAGAGUGACUGACUUUUUAAGGUUUCUAAAUUGUUAGCAAGUUAAUAUAUAUAAAAACAUGAACAUAAAUACCACCACCCCCCCUCCCCAUGAACAACAUAAAAUCUUCCUUUGUACAGUGGCCAUCAAACUUUGGCUAAAAUCCUAACUUACAGUCAACAUACUAAUAAGUCAUGAAGACAUGAAGUAGUAUGGAUGUUCUUUGACUGUAUUUUGCUCUCUUUUGCAUAUAAAAAACCCCAACUCUACUGACAAAAACUGCUUCUCAUUCACAGAGAUGGCCAAAGGCAUAGUCAUCCCCGGCAGCUGCUUGUAGCACAUUAUUUAAUGCCAGUGAAUCAAUUUGCAAGCUGCCUUUGAUCAUUGGCUAGUCAAUUAUGUUGUGGUUGUGUCCAGUAUUGGCAUAUUGAACAACUUUGUCAGGGAUACUAGGUACGGCUCUAAAAGCAGCGGCCUAAACCUGACCAUUAACAUUGUGCACUUCCACUUACUCCAUGCUCACAGAAUUUUGUCUCAGUUUAUGGCCAACUCACUGGGUUCAGUAUUUCUGCUUUUCUUAAUUGCCACCUGGACACUGGUACCCAAAUAUGUAUUUAGUAGUAGCAUUGAAUGGGGUAUUCCGGUUGCUCAAAUAUAGACUUGGCUUCCUAAAAUGUAGGAGACCAGAUAGUAAUAUAUUUUGAGAUGGUUCUUGAUCUCAAUGAAAGUAUGAAAAGUAUGCAGCCAAUACCUCUUAUUGUCUUUGAUGUGUUAGGUGGUGAGUUCUAGCAUGUUGUCAAAUAUGUUAGACUAGACUGUGAAAGCAUUGAUCCUAGCACUUGAAUGCUUGUGAAGCAUAAAUUGUCUAAGUCAGCCUUCCCUAAAUGUCUCCAGAUAUAUUGGACGGCAAGCUCACAUGGCUCUUAACCUACUUUGGGGGAAUUAAGGGAUUUGUAGCCCAGAAAUCUUACUAAUGCUGCGUUGGGCAAGCAAGGCUGACUUCAGCAAAUGUAGGUCUUGUUAUUUGAUUCUCAACUAGUGACUGUGGCUUAGUGUGUAUUUUGUGCAGCCCUGGAUUAGUCCAUCAAUUUAAGAACUGUUCAAAGGGCCACACAACGUGAGAAAGCAGGAAUAAGUAUAGUGAAAAACAUGCCGUGACAAAUACUUUGCUGAAAUUUGCACAAACACUUAGUCCAGAAAGUCUGCUUAAUGUUUGGGAAUUGCUGGUAAAGCCUAAACUUCAACUCAAGAGCUAGCCAGCAUUGUCUGACCACGACUACAGAUUUGGGGCCUAAUUCCAUUGUGUACAAAGUAACAAGAUUGAUUUUUAUCCCCCUUAGGACUUUAUUUUUUUGUAGCUGCCUUGCAUGUUACUAUGAUAUUAAGAACAUCUUCUUAGAGUAGCUCAUGUCAUGUUUGUAAGUAACACAAACUGCAGAAUUAGAGUUUGCAUACGGGCAAAAUGAACUGAGAAUAGGAAAGUAGAGACAAUUACUUACUAAUGCAAUUUUAUCCACUUUUUAUACUUUAAUGCCUGAAGACAGAGAAUGCCACAGUACGCUUGUGCACUUGUUAUGUUAUCAUUGUGAACAGUGUUGGCUCAUCUAAUCCAUGUUAUCAUGAUGAUGAUCUAUUUGUUCUUCUAUUGCCCUAUAAGUUAUGUAUCACUCUUUGUUUACAGGCUAAGGAGCUAAAUAAUUGACAGAUGAGUGAUUUGUCCAUUGGCAUCUCUAUUAAAGUUGUUUCAUCCCACCCCCCGCCCCCGCCCCCCAAACACAAUAAUGCUUCCAGCUAGGAUGGGAAUUUCAGCUGAUGGUGGUCAGAGUCAACCUACAGAAGCUCAACCCUGACCAUUAUUUCUAUGCAAAUGGCAGACCAGAAGAUAGUCAUCACCCAUGUAUGCUCUACUGAUUAUUUUCUGCAUCCUUAACAGCACGGGCAACUUUUUCCUACUGCAUCAUAAUUGCUGUUAAUCUCAGGCAGAAAACUAUCAUUUGCAUGAUGUUACAUUGCUAAGCAAUACCAAAACAGAGAAGGCCCAAUUCACAACUGCCACUGUGCCACCUUCUCAAACCACUUGUGAAACAUGUUAAACUCAUUUUUCAGAUGGCACAAAGGAUGGAAACGGAAGGCAACCAUCCCAAUGGAACUGCCAUAUUGCUUUGGCUCACCCAAUGUAACAUUCUUGAUGACUUUCUAUGGGACCAGCUUCCUUGCAACUUAUAAAACUAAUGAAGAUACGCAAUGGGGAUAAUCCAACAGCCCAACAAUACUAGUUAUAUGUAACAAGAGUUCUGCACAAAGUUAAAAGAAAGUUGGUUUGUGCAGCUUCCAUCUCACAACAUUUAUAGCACAGAGCAGGGUGAAUUAUGUUCUUCAUAGUUCUUGUGUGGGCAUUUAAAUCUCAAUGCCAGGUAUGUACCCCUUUUCCUAAUUAGGUUUAAACCAAUCAUCUUGUAUGAAAGGAAGUACAAGAAUUAGCUUGGAAAAGUGAUUCCUAACUUUGACUCCUGCUUCUAUCAUUUCAAACUCAGUGUUGGGACAAAAUUCCCCCCAAAUGUACAGGGCAAAGGAGGCUUCAAAGAUCAAACGAUUCUUUUGAAUCUUAUAUUCUAGUAAUUGCAGUAUUGGAAAUAAAAAUGAGAGAACUUUGCCCAAUGAAUAAGUGGUGCUCCUGGAAAGAUUGGGAAGUAAGAAAACAGUCUUGACAGAAUUCUUCCAAAGAAUAGCUGCAGGAUAUUAUACUAUAUUGUACUGAUAUGUUAGGUAAAUCUCCCCCCCUCAAAUAAUUUAUUUUUAAACUAGAAGCCUUGCCCUAGAUUAAGAAUGUUUUAACAUAAGCUUGUAAAAAACAUUGGAGAUGGUUUCACAAUUAGAAACGUGUAGGUUUGGUAAAUAUACUGUACUAUUUGAAGAUCCAAGUUGAAAUAGGUGAGGAACAAGAUGUGUGUGCAUACCCUCCUACUACAUUUAAGACAAUAGAGCAGACUAACCUUUUUGUUGUCAUGUGCUAUUUUGGGCCUAGUAGGCCCCCCUGCAGCCUCCUGGGACCAAAAGCAGACCAUGCAUCUCCUGAAUGCGCCCCGCCCGCUGCGCAAGCAUGGCAGAGACCUGAAAACCAGCUGUCUAGAGAGAGGUGUGUGCAUGCGCAGUGGAGCUGA